GCAAAACUGCUUCCUGCUUAAGGUGCCCUGCUUCUCUUCCCUACUGAAAAAAAAAAUGGCGACUUUAACAGGAAUUACCCGAAGCUCUGUCAAAAUUUUCUCUCAACCGCAACUUCAUCCUCAACCCCUACUGUUCUUCUCCAAAGGAUUCUCUGCUAAGGUUUUUGUCAAAGGUUUAUCUUUCUCCAGUACAGAGAAGAAAAUAGUUGAAGCAUUUUCAGAAUUUGGAGAGGUCAUUGAAGCUAAAAUAGUAAUGGACAAAGCCAGAAAGAGACCUAAAGGUUAUGGGUUUGUAACCUUUGCUAAGAAGGACGCCGCCGAGAAGGCUUGUGAGGGAAUGAAUGGGAAGCUGCUAGAUGGACGAGCCAUUUAUGUGAGGCUUUGAAUUUACCAGCGCAACGCCGCAGGAGCGCCAGUUCAAAGACGGAUACUUUUUUUCGACGCUGGAUUGCUUGUAAAUUGAGGUUAAAUCCCUCGGUUAACAAUUUCAAGGAUGACAAAAAGUGGAUCUCGCUCAAAAUCAAAGAAAAUUAUAAUUUUAGUUUCCAGCCCUUGGUUUUAUUGUUUUUUAAUUCCCAAACUUUUUUUUUUCUUAAAUCAAAAAAUGCCUGAUUGCAAUUGUUGCGAGGUUGAUCUGUUGGCAUUGGGUGCUAUAAAAAAAAGUUAACUUGAAUGGAUAGCGAUGAUGGGACACACAUAAAGAUCAAUGCCAGCAGUUGCAUUUAUUUACUGAGACAAACAUUUAAGGUCGUGAAAUUGAGAAAUUUAAUUUCCAUAGGAAACUGCACGAAAACCUCACAGAAAAAGGCCACCACGAAAUCAUGGCUCCUCUACAAAAAUUGCUGGCUAUUGUAUCUUGUUUGAAACAUCCUUUGCC